AUGGAAGUCAACGAAAGCGCCGAAGUUCGGUCUACCGACACGCCGCAGACCAACGGUGGUAACGGCGGAGGCAACUGUUGCGGCACAUCCCCUGCGGUCGGGGCACCGGCGGAACAUUCUUCCGGUACGAAGAUCCUGAGCAAGAAUUCAAACGGCACAAUGAUCAUGACAUCCAGUCCGAAUAACGAAGCUGAAUUACAAUUGUACAGGGUAAUGCAGAGAGCUAGUCUUUUAGCGUAUUACGAUACACUACUCGAAAUGGGAGGCGAUGACUUGCAACAGCUUUGUGACGCCGGUGAAGAAGAAUUUCUUGAGAUAAUGGCUCUGGUUGGUAUGGCGUCAAAGCCACUGCACGUUAGACGAUUGCAAAAAGCUUUGCACGAAUGGGUCAGCAACCCAACCAUGUUUCAAACGCCACUGACGUCUCCUGUCGCUAGUGGUGGUCCUAGUGCGAUCGUUCUACCGCCGAACCCGGUCCGGCCGUUUCUCAACGUCUGCCCAAACCCACUGAUUCAGACAUCCAUACAUCACGGUUACUAUACACCACUAGGAUACGGUUACCAGCCGCCCACGUCACCAUCGCCCGUGCCCAGCUCAACCAACCAACUACCACAGGUUGCGCAAACGAGUGAAGCGACAACUUCGGCUGGUCAACACUAUGGAGAUAGUAAUAGUCCUGGUCAAAGUCCAGGUUCACCGUUACAGUUGUCUCCGUUACUGGACGAAUCACAAAUCGCCCGGUUGGCUACGUCGGCUAAGCAACUAGUGCAAAGGCUACCGCAGUAUCAACCCAAGGCACAAACAGCGAAACGGAAGGCAAACAAAGAACUAGAAUGCGUUAUGAACAUGCCGGAAGAAGAUCCAAGGCGCAUAGAAUCCAUUAGGAAAUAUUCAGCUAUUUAUGGGCGAUUUGAUUGUAAAAGGAAACCAGAAAAACCUUUAACAUUGCACGAGGUGUCCGUAAACGAAGCUGCCGCACAGAUAUGCAAAUUAGUGCCUGUUCUAUUAACUAGGCGAGACGAACUGUUCCCUUUAGCCCGACAAGUGGUCCGUGAUUCAGGGUAUCAUUACUCUAAAGGACAUUCCAAGUCAAGCAUGCAGAGUUUCAGAGGAUUGACUUCGAACGGCGACUGUAGUUACGGGUCGAAGAGACCCCGUCUAGACGAUAACGACAAGCUAUUCAAAAUCCGCCGACAGGAACGUUUAGAACAAAUCGCUGACGAACUAAAGGCAGUCAACGAUCGCCGAGAAGAGUUGGACCAAAGCACCAAAGAUGACCCGGUGGUCCAACAACAGUUAGAAACCCUGAAAAAUCGUCAAUCGCAGCUGUUAGUGGAACAGAACGAUCUGCGACAAAACAAGUCGAUGAUGCGACGGGACAGGAACGAUGGAAGGACGUCGUCAUCUGCCGGUUUCGACACUGACGAUACCGACUCUCAAAUGUCGUACAGCAAUACUAGUUCUCCUUUGCAGGACAUUAGUGACUCGAGGGAUUCAAUGAUUCGCUGCAGCGUCGACUUCCACCACGACGGAAAAUCAUCACAGAAUACCGGUAAUCAGAGUAACUUGUCUCGCGGCGAUACAGAUGAUACGGAUGAAGACGACGGAGAACUUCGUCGCCACCGCCGCCGUCACAGUCACAGCCCCUCCAACCAAAUAAACGGUAACAGACAUCUAGUUGAUCGAUUUUUCAACGAUAAAGUCCAGAUAAUAUCGUCGAGCGGCGGCAAUAUAAUCGCCGUCACCAAUCCGGCGCUGUUGAUGUCCGCCGCCGCGACCACGACGACGCCGCCGCCGCUGUCAUUGAAAAUCGAACCAGUUUCACCGACACGAGACGAUGACUGAUGGAAGAAAUGCAGAGGCACAGAGGCAGACGUCCCGUGAGCCCGAAGAGAUCUCCGACUUUCUUCGUUGUUUUUAUUAGUUAUUAUUUAUUAUCGUUUUCUGUUGGUCGUAUUUACUAUUUAUUUUUCCCAGUUAUUUAAUCAUGUUAAUAAUAUUAUAUAAAACCGCGUAUUUCGUACCCAUAGUGUGAGAAUAAGCUUAAAAUACGACCAUGUUCCUAUAUACGACUGUAUCUAUUCUUAUAUAUACGAAUGUUAUAAUAUUAUAUACAAUUAUACAAACACCGUCAUUCGUCGGCCGUUGGAUCGAAACUUUUGAGAUAAUCACGACUUACGAGCCCGAGAUAAUACCUACCUAUGUUAUUUUUAUUUUAAUAUUAUUAUUAUAAUAUUACGUUGUAUUA